GACUGAUUGAUAACAAGUUUACCGUUUUCGAUUUAACACAUUUUAUUUUAAUUUUGUAACAAUGGCCUGUAACGAAAACGUCGUUAAAAACAUGGCCAACGAAAUAACGAGGAACUGUCAAGCACAAAACGUAACCGUUGAUCCAGAAUUUGUGAUUUACCUUAUCGAUCUUCUGCUGCUGAAUCCGAAGUAUGGAAAGCUGUUCUCCAAAACCAUUAGUAGGAAUAACCUCCAGUAUUUCGUGGAGGAAUGCGUGGCCAUGCUAACUCGUGGAGAUACAUCCAUGAACACCAUGAAAAUGCAGUUCAUUAUCCAAACAAACUAUGAUAAACUUCAGAACCUGAUCGACAGACAUCUGGAGUCCAUAGCCAGCUGCCUCCGACCUCUGGUUACAGAGAUCCUGGACGAAGACCCGUCACCUGAGGAGGAGGCAGAAUUCAAGAAGCUUUUCCGCAAGAUUUCCAUCUAUAUUGUACUUGCGAGCGGGUUGGGUAACCCUGGAGUCAUAGUUACAUUGAAAGAAGGAAUGGCGGCGCUUGAAAGCGUGUUCUCCUUGAAUGACCUGAAGAUGUUUGUGGCUCUUCCUCGUGCGGAGAAGAUGGCUCAACUGAACGAGUUGCUGGAGAUUGUGUCUGGUGUCCGGCUGUUCAACAGAGACUGCAAGAAAGGAGGCGAUGGCAUACCAGACCUGCCCUUCAAUUUGGUGGACGCUGGCAAAGCAUGCCUCGCUUCGUUGUCAAACUCGCUGAUAACCGUGAUGCAAAGAGUGAACACACUCACUACAGCCAUUGAAGAUACGGUCAGCAUACAGGAUGAGACUGGGAAUGUGUUUGUUGAUAUAUGCCCGACCACCGACUUGACUUUGGAUGACUACACACAAAUAUUCGAGCUUCUGGCGUUCAACCGACAGUAUGAAGUGUUCAUUCGGAAGUUGUUGUCGGACGUAGAGACGAUGGUAGAGAACGGUUUGAUGUAUGUGGAUAAAGCCAGGAGUGUUCUCGAGGAGUUGCACGCUGCUGUCAAAUACAAGGCCGCUGUGCCGGUUGUGGCUGUGUUUCCGCUAUUUUCCAAAUUGUGGCAAGUGUGGCGCGCGAUGCAAAACGUCAUGUUUUUGGUGUCAACUGUGAACCGGCUGAUGUCCACCUUGGCCACCAUCCAGGACCAGAUGAAAAUACCGUACGGUAUUCUGGAGAGGAUGCUGAAAGGGCGGCACAUCAUAACGGAUCAGGACAGAAUGAACUCGAAAGUAAGCAUGGAAGAACGACUGUCCCUCGGAUCUCUCAAGAACUACGUUGCACACAACGACAGCUUCACAUCCAUGAAAGACAGGCACAUACAGUUUUUAGGUUUCUGCGCUCUGUGCCUAAGCGUCGGAGCGCUAAUUCCGAGCAAUAUGAAAGUCGGACUGAUUAAGUCAAAGGGCAACCGAUAUGGUUUCUGCAGCGUCAAGAUGGCGGCUAGGUUCAGCAAGGAUCCUGAAAGAUACAUCAACGAAGUCCUUGACUAUGCAAGGAACAAUCCCAGUGUGAUAAAUCUUUUGAAUAUAGUGGAAGAAGUCUACAAGGUUAAAGAUAUAGACACAUUGGUUACCAAGUACGUGCCGAAGAUCAAGGUUAUGGACAGAGACAUACAGACUGAGGCUCAUCCCAUUGAUGAACACAUAGAGAAGAACUACACGUGGGAUAUGUGGGAGUGGAAACGACGGGCUUGCCAGUGGGCCUCGAUAGUGAACUGUCAGACGCAUUCCACACAAACCAACUACAGUCACCUCCGUUCCGAGAUCCACUGUCAGACCGUAGAGCCUCGAGACAAGUGUAUGCAGACGAGGCGUGAUGCCGGCGUCAACACCGCGGCUAACAACUUCUUUUUAUGGGGACUACGGGGGCAGAAGGGCGACGGACAACACUCUAUGGAUUUAAAGGACAAACUCGGGGCGGAGAAGAAAAAAGGUGGGUAAUUAAAAAGUGGGCGCUCUGUAAGUUUGACCUUCACUGGUUGGGUUUUUAUUGGCGGUCAAGCUGUAGAUCCUGGCU